ACACGACGGUCACACACACAGGCACCAGCUCAGUGAAAAGACGACGAGAGAGGUGAGGGGGGGAGUGGGGAGGUCGGAGAUGGCGAACGGGGAAGGGAAGGGGGAGACGGUGGUGGUCACCGGCGCCAGCGGCUUCAUCGGCUCGACUCUCGUCCGCCGCCUCCUCGACCGCGGCUACAACGUCCACGCCGGCGUCCUCAACCCAGAUGACAAGGCGGAGACGGACCACCUCCUCGCGCUCGCCGCCGGCGCCGGCGAGGGCCGCCUCCGCAUCUUCCGCUGCGACCUCCUCAACCGCGCGGCGAUCCUCGACGCCGCGCGGGGCUGCUCGGGCGUCUUCCACCUCGCCUCCCCCUGCACCAUCGACCCAGUCAGCGACCCUCAGAAGCAACUGAUCGUGCCGGCGGUGGAAGGGACGCUGAACGUGCUGCGCGCCGCCAAGGAGGCCGGGGGCGUGCGGCGGGUGGUGCUGACCUCGUCCAGCUCGGCCAUCAUGCCCAGCCCAGGGUGGCCGGCCGGCGAGGUCCCCGACGAACGCUGCUGGACUGACAUCGACUACUGCGAGAAGAACGGGCUUUGGUACUCUGUUUCGAAGACACUGGCAGAGAAGGCGGCGUGGAAGUUUGCAGAGGAGAACGGAGUAGAUGUGGCCGUGGUUAACCCGGGGGCUGUGAUGGGCCCGAUAAUUCCACCAACCAUCAAUUCUAGCAUGUCCAUCCUUCUACGCCUCCUUCAAGGUUGCACAGAGGAGUACAGGGAUAUCUUUAUUGGAGCAGUCCACGUGGAAGACGUUGCCUUGGCUCAUAUCCUGGUGUUCGAGAACCCAUCAGCAUCCGGGAGGCACCUCUGCAACGAAUCCAUCUCUCACUGGAGCGACUUCGCGGCCAAAGUCGCCGAGCUCUACCCCAACUACAAAGUGCCCAAGUUCCCCACGGAUACCCAGCCUGGGCUGGUCAGAGCGGAGGUGGGGUCGAAGAAGCUCAUCGCGCUGGGGAUGCAGUUCAGCUCCCUGGAGAAGAUCAUCAGGGAUGCAGUGGAGAGCCUCAAGAGCAGAGGGUACAUCUCCUGAUGGCUGGGUAUAUCUCGUGAAUCGUGAUCGUGGGGUACUGUAAUGUCUUCGUGGACCUUGCUACUGUACCAUCUUAGAUAAUAAGGUACUGUUGGAACCGUACAGUAUGAAACUAAGAUCCAAUCAAGUUCAGAAGCAGGGAAUUCUCAAAGGUGACAUCGAAUUUCAGUUUUGAUUAAUGAAGUUUCAAGUUACCUAUCA